UAAGCAAAAUUACUGAAUAUGAACUGUCAAACGACGAAGAAAAUAAGCACAAAAGGAAGACAGUAAUAACCCAACGAAUCAAAAUGGUAGGUUUUAUAUACAUUUGGGUUACUUUACAUAGGACUCGUUUCGGAUCGAUGGUUGUAAGUAUUAACACAUGUGAAAAGGGGUGGGGUGGGGUGGGGUGGUGUGGUAGGAUGGCUCCUUAAGGCCACGCUCAAUUAAGGUUAUGCUAUAUAUUUUAAUAAUGGAGUAAUACGUUAGUAUUAUGGAAAAAAUGUUGGUUGGGUUACUUCUGUAUUAACGGUAUAUUGAUUUCAAUGGAAUUCAAAUUUUUAUUAUACUAUAUUCGCGUGCCUUAUUUAAAACGUGUUUUUACAAUUGGGAAUUUUAAAUCAAAUUAAAUAAAAUCACUUUAUAAUGAUGUCAAAUAACCAAUCAGGUAAAUAUAAUACGUUAUUUAGCUCUCUGAAAAGUGGGCAAUAUAUUACGUCCAUAUAACGAAAAUUUGGAAUAAAAAAUCGCGCGAUUUUUUAUUCCAAAUUUUCGCCUGCGGCGCUUUUCAGGGAGCUUUGAAAUUUUCUUUGAAAACAGUAUUAUAUAAAAUAAUAUAUAAUUUUUUCAAAGAUGAUGAUAUUGCAUCCACGAGCGCUGCAGCAGUAAUGUGUCGUGAUGCUACUACAAUACAGCAGUGGAAUGUAGUGAAAAUGGUGAAAUACUUGGGCUCACAUGAAUUAUGUGUAGCAUUUGCUGAGGUAUACGGCCUGUUGCCAAAAAGUCGGCUUUGUGCCAUUCACAAAACGCAAAUGGCAUUGCACAAACGCCCUCCAUUAGGGUACUUCAAAUGCUCUAGGGGCAAUUGUAGGUCGAAGUCCCUUAUUUCAAGGGCAGCGGGCACGUGGUUUGAAGGCGUCAAACUAAGCUUUCCCCAGGUGUUUUACCUGAUGUAUUGUUUUGCCCACCGAUUUACGCGGGAAGAUAUUUAUAGGGAGGACUAUGCGAGCGUUGAAAAGAAAUUCUCAUCUGCCACUAUCUCCGACUGGUAUAGCUACUGCAGGGAAGCAGUAGUUAUAUUUCAGUUAGACCACCAAGAAUUCAAAGGGAAGAUUGGUGGUCCAGGAAAGGUAGUGCAGAUUGACGAAAGUAAAUUCGGAAAACGCAAAUACAACAAAGGUAAUAAUAAUAAUUUAUAUAUAAUGCAAUUAUGUUUAUUCAAAUACUUUUCUUUUUUUCAGGAAGACGCGUAGAAGGGCAUUGGGUCCUGGGUAUGAUAGAGGAUGGCAGUGAGGACCUCAGACUGGAGGUAUGCCCGGACAACGUACGUUCCGCUGAGGUCCUCAUCCCUCUUAUUCGCAAAAAUGUUCGAGAAGGAACUACUAUAAAAACAGACUUUUGGCGCGCAUACGAAUGCCUCCCUGAAUAUGGUUACAUCCAUAAAAAGGUUAACCAUAGUGACCCUGCCAAUCCCUUUAUCGCCGAGGAUGGCACAAACACACAAAGAAUUGAGUCUCAUUGGCGUGUGGUAAAGAGACUUUUUUACAAAGACAACUACAAUAAUCCGGCAAACUUUGCUGAUGUUAUAGUAGAGUUUUUAUGGAGGCGGGAAAUGCAAAAAAAAAAAUACAGAUCCAUUUAAUGCUUAACUGGCUGUUAUUAAAUACGUGUAUAACACGAAAUAAAAAAACUAAAACAUACAAAUGAAAACACAAUUUUAUUAUUUAGAGGGUCUUGUUUAAAUGGUUGGUUGGGUUAUCUUGGUACUUCAACUACUUGUAUGCAUUA